ACGUUUCUACGUUUCUGAAUGAUUUUGGAAGUUUCAGCUUUGACAAAGCUGCUAUUUCCCCUAAUAACAAUAACAAGCUUCAUUUUGAUUUCUCAACUGGAAACAAGAAUUUCCAAAACGCCACUCCCUCUAAUUUCUUCGUCAAAACUCUUUAUCUGCUCUCAGAAAAUUACAACACCGGUGAGGCAGUGUUGUGUCUAGUUUCAGAUUUUCUUGAAAGUUUAACUAUUGCAGACGGCAAACGUUUACCAUCUAUAUGCAUUUUUGCUAGUUCAAGCUUCGAAAGUUAAAGUCUUUGCAUAUUUGUGAAGCUUUCUAACAUAAAUCUUUUCGGUAUCGUGGGCUACUCCCCUGUUUUCAUUUCAAUUUUUAUUUGGAAUUGGUAGAUGCAUGUCAUGCUUAAUUUCAGAGAGGUCCUGGAUAUAGCUUUAAGAGUGGUUUCUUUACCUCAAUCCUAAAUGGCAUAGAAUUUGUUGAGUUCUUUCUGAUAACUUUUUAGUCUUUGUUCCACUUGCCACUCAAACAUUCAUCUAUUCUUUCUAGUCUCAUUCAAGGUAGAUUUUUAAACACUUUUUUGCUUCAGAAAUUGAUUCAUCCAUUAAUCGUAUCAAAAAGUGGUUACCUUGACUGCAGUGUCUUGAUCUCCUUCUUAAAACUUGGUUUUGCCGCUGGGAGACCCAACUACUUUUGCAUACAUGUAUAAGUCAAUUGCAGCAGCCGACAUAUCUAUAUUCAACUAAUAAUUCUUUAAUCAAUGUGUUUCAAUUGGAUAUUUGGAAUAAAUAUAAGGAAAUGAAUCUUAACUUGAGAUUUUUUGAACAAAGCAAUUAUAAAUCACUGCCAUUUGCCUUCCUCAACAAGGCCCUGUUGGGAAAUAUAAAUAAUAGUUUGUCUUACUUGACAAUGUCAAACAAUAUUUCUACAUUCUUGCCUUAAUAAGUUUAAGCAACAAAAUUCCAUUAGUGACUAAAAAAUAAACUAAUUAAUUCAAAUCUGUCUGCCAUAUCUGGAAUUUGACCACCGCUGGAGCUUCCUUCAAUCACAUAUAAUUUACCUUUGAUUCUCCCCGUUUAACAGACAUCGCUGGAGAUCAAAGAGGGAAUUCAGUUAUGGAAGGUGAUAUGAUCAGUAGGAUGCCUGAUGAAAUCCUUUUUCACAUAAUUUCUUUGCUCCCUUUUGAGUCUGCAAUUCAAACCAUUUUUCUGUCAAACCGGUGGAGGCUUCUGUGGAACCUGGCUUUGGUUCAACAUGGAACCAAAGAAGAGGUUGCCAGCGCAAUUUCAGGAUUUCUUACUAAUUUCAAUGAGCACAAUCCAACAAAGAACACCAGGAGGCUUCGAUUUCAUUUUGGCAAAGAUGGCAUCCUCUCAGCUAUCAUUGCACCCAAUAAUAGACUUCAUUUAGAUUUCUCUGCUCAGAGACAGGAUUUACACAGGCAGUUUGGUUUGGAAUUGGAGUUGAAUUGUGGAAACCCUGGCCACCAGCCAACCACCCCUUCCUUCUUUGUCAAAACUCUUAAUCUAAUCUCAGUUAACCAUAUUUCCAAUGAGGCGGUUUCAUCAACAGUUUCGAGUUUUCAGUUUCUUGAGAACCUGAAGAUCACAGACUGCAAUGGGCUGACAUCUUUGUCCAUAAACUCCAAUACAAAGCUACAGCAUUUGACCGUCUUCGAUUGCCCGCAACUAACUUAUAUCCAUCUCAAGUCUCCCAAACUCAAAACUUUCCGAUAUAGAGGACUGCUUCCUUCAGUUUGGCCUGAAUUUCACUAUAACCUGGCCGAUGCCAUGUUCGAUUCCCGGCAAGGCCCUGGAUAUGGUAGCUACAAGAGAUGUGACUUUGACCCAGUUUUAUUAACAAUAAAGAAUGCCAAAAUUCUGACACUAUGCAAAUGGACUUUUGAGGCAUUGAUUUGUCCUUGCUUGUCCUCUUUGAGGGCGGAAUUUCAGUUCUAUAAUCUAAAAGAGUUGUGGUGGAUUGACAAUUCUAACGAUGGAUACAACAGUGACUCUUUAAUCUCCUUCCUCAAGCUUUGCCCUUCCUUGGAGCGACUCUUUGUAACUAUUGAUGCUGAAAGCUACUGCACGACGAGCACAGCCACAUGCUCCAAAAAAGCUGGUAAGCACACAAAAUUGAGAAAUCUAAAAGUGGUGAAAUUGGAGGGCUUCACAAAUCAGGAAGAGGAGAUCACAUUAGCCGAGCGUUUACAAGAGAUAGUUACAGUGGAUCCCCUCAUCCUGGCAACUUCUGAUGGGAUUAGGUGGCGAAGUUUGGUGAAGGAUGCUGAAAUGGCGACCCAAUCAAGUGACACAAGGUGUUCAUACAAGUUUGUCCAAGAAGUAAAACACAGGAAAGAGUUUCCUAUUAAGCAUACCCAGAUGGGUUUGUGAAGGCAAAUUUCCAUAAAAUCCUGAGAGUCCAUGAAAGGCUUUGUAUUAUUCAUUGUCAAUAAGGAAAGCUCUAUACAGUUGCCACAGUUAUCGUUUCAAUGAAAUCCGGAGAGUCCAUGAAAAUUUGCGGCUCUGUUAUGAUGCGCAUAGAUUCUUAAUCAAGAAAAGCUUAUUGUUCAGGCCUUCUAGACACUGAACAGCCUAUUAUUACUCAUAAAAGUCAACCUGGGGAAACCUCGUUGCAGUUAUUGAA